CAUAAUUGAAAAACGUGUAAGAACGUCAUUUCGCGUUGUUGCCUUUGGUUUCCAGUACAUGACGGAUUUGCUGCUGCAAGUGUUUGUGUAACGUAUCGUUAAAGAGAAUGGAUAUUGUAUGAGAGAUGCCCGGUCAAGCGCACCCAAGCGUGGUUUUGAAGCUGAAGACGCCCUGCAAGGUAACAAAUGGGCAGCAGCGCUAUCGGAUGGGCGUGGUCGGAAACUGCCACUUCCUAGGCGACGGUGAUCCACAGAAGGCUCGCAUUGGCCACCAGACGAGCGCACAGACGUGGGUCGUGGAGACAUGGGUCCCAACCAACUUCGUGUUCGAGUAUCGGUGGGUAGAGUUCCAUCGCUCCACGUCCUUCAUAUUCGGGAUCGAGUCCAUCGAACCCCGGCGCGUGGAGGUGGGCCUGCGGGCGCUGGAGAUACGGAACAAGUUCAACAUACCCGGGGGAACGUUCAAAGAAGAUAUUGGUCACCCAGUUUAUUUCCCAUCUGUCUGUGCACCAAAGCGUUUUUUAGAUAGCGCUUCACUUCCCGCCCGUCCGCGCCCACGUCCGCCCCCAAGUCCAUCCUGCCGACUUGGUCAUGCGACCGCCGCUGGUGAAGCGACGCCAACGUCUCGCAUGCAAAUGUACAGGCAGGCGGUAUCUGAUCAGAAACAUCCACAUACGUCAGUAGCAAAAGGUGAAACGCAGCAGGGCACUGUAAGUGACGGCAUGGUCGUGGAGCGUCUGAACCACACUUCCACCCUAGCCUCAUCGAGCUCAUCAGAGGACAACGCGUCAGACAACGGAAGCUACUCUUUUAGCAUCGCAGCCACAGCUGCUCGAGAAUCUGUGUCCACUGAGGUCAUCAGUAGUGGUUCCGCGUCCUCUUACUCGCUAACAAGUAUGGCUGAAAGCGACAUCCAUAUGCAAACCGCAAGCAGUGACUGUAGUUACCCUUCUAGGUCACCCAGUAUGGAGCUAUUACCUUUGAGCCUCCCGCCUGCUAGCGGAAAAUACGCUCCAAGUGUUAGUUUUGUAGCAAGACCAUGUGCGUCCACUAGCGCACAUUCACCGUCGCGUCGACGACUGGUUUCGUCUGUGUCCGCUCCCGAUCUUGGAACACGUUUUCAAAGCAGCAUCAAACACAACAUGGAAACCUUUGACUCAAAAGGUCACGACCUUGAACUUACUCAGGGCCUCGGUGUCCUGACCGUCGGUGAACUCCACAAUAUUUUGCGCGACAACGAGGCGCAAAGCCGACAGUAUUUUCUUACCAAUGGCUUCAAUGAAAAUCUGAAGACGACUUAUGUGCCUCAGAAAAGAAACCUGCACGACAUCCUGAUCUAUCUGCUAUGGCUAGCCAUAGGGGCCGCUAUUCACAACAUUUGGCUGCGAAACUACGAACUGAAUUAUUCGUAAUAAAUGUGUUAUUCGUAUCAA